GCUUGUUUCGAGAUGUGUCGCCGGAAGCAAGCCGCUACAGUUAUUCUGCAUCUACUGUUGGCGUGGUUGACUGGGGACUCUUCCGAAGCCCUAAGCACCUUUGGAGUGACGAACACUCAGCAACCGUCCAAACCACCGACGCCUGUAGCCCCGCCUGUUUCAGAAAAAAAAAACAAGAUGUCUAUGUGGAAACGUCCGUCGGUUAUAAUGCCACUUCUGUUGUCUGUCUGGCUGUUUGGACAGUGCCACGCUUUCAGCUCGACUUUUGGGGUCGCAAAAACCGAAUCGCCUUAUGUACUCACGACUACGGCAGCGCCUGAAUAUUAUGAGUGGAAAGACAAUUCGGUUUUCCCAUUCAUUCUGAACAGCCUUAAAAUUGGAUUAUACCCACACACAAACUAAAAACGAACAAAACUGACAAAACACCGCUUUUUCUCUUUUAAUUGAUGCUUCAAAACUUGUGAUUCCAAAUUUGACAGUAGCGUAAAAAAAAAACAAAAAAAAACAAGAUGUGGCGCAGAACGGCGGUGAUACUGCCAGUGAUUUUAGCUGGAUGUCUGAUGUGUACAAGCGAAGCGUUUGGUGGCAUUUCGUCAUUUGGGAAGGCCAACACUGACCCGCCUCCUAAGCCCGUUACACCAGCCGCAGCACCGGCCAAGCCGUGUUCGAGGCAAGCCGAGUGCAUCGCGGUCUCCAGCAGCUCAUGCGUGAGGACUCACUUCGACUCACAGACGAGAUGUCUGUGCGGGGACAACAGUGCGCCGAUCAACGGGCAGUGUGAGGCGCUCACCAAGUCUCUGUACCACGCCUGCACCACCAGCGAAGAAUGCAACGACGGCCUCAACUGCGGCACCCCCAACGUCACCGACAAAACCCCCCACCUCCGCAUGUUGGGGCCUAGGGACACCAUCUGUCUCUGCGACACUGAGAGUGGAUUUAGAGAAAAAGACCAUUCUUGCAGUGACGCCGACAUCCUGAAGACGUCGCUAUUCGCGAUCGUCCUCGUCUCCUGCAUAAGGAAGAUGAUGGCGAACUAGUUUAUCACUACACGAGUGUCUGCACUUCAUUAUCUAUCAUUUAUUUUAACGCUGGUAAACUGUGUAUUAAUGAUUUAAAUACUUGGAGGGUAUAAUCAAACGGAGUAGCCAUUAACAGGCGUUCCCCUCUGUCGAAACUCUAUACCAAUGAUCAUACACAUUGUAUGGACUGACGUUUAUCUGACAUGGUUAUUUUUACGUUACGUAUACAUUUGACGUGCCCCUCCCCCGCAUAAAAUCAGCAGUUUUGUACAGAUAAUUACAGAUAAGGCGUCUCCUAUUGGUUAUAUCAUCCAAGUUUAAAUAUUAUGUUAACUCAUGAGUUCCCAUACUUUGUUGUAGUGUCUUGUACCUGUUCUUAUUUUUCGAUACCUGUGUAAAAUAGAAGAAGUUUUAAAUAAGUGUUUACAAAACUUUAUCGUAGCGCUAUUCCGUUUACAUAUUUUUUUAUGUCGAUAAUAAAUGAAAAUACUUGAACUUAAUGAAACCGCGACACCGGGAAAGAUAGAGAAUUUCAGCUUUUUUUCUUAAAAAAGCUGAAUUUAUAUAAAAGCCGAUGUUUACCUACCAUAAAACAACCAGUUCUUCUUAGCUUCAUAGUAAAAUCUGUGUGUUUCAGUGUUACUAUACACCAAAAACGUAAAAAUAUCAAAAUAAAUAAAUCCUGUUAGUAAUUUGAUUAAUUUUAUAGAUAGUUAGUAAUUUUAUAUUUACAAACCGCGUCGCAUUUCGAUUGGUUUAUGUUAUUUAAGUUAUUAUAUUAACCUACCUAUUUAAGUAAUAAUAUUUUCCUUACUUCCUUAGAUGCCUUACGCAUUGUAAGAUUUGUAAUUAUUAAAGCAUCGUUUUGUCAAGUUUUCAGUGGCAAAGUAUUAAACAAAAUACAGAAUACCUACACACUUAAAAGUAUCCAAGUUCGGCUCAUAAAUUUGCUGCAAGUUACAUUAAUUUACUUUUAAUUGUAAAUUUAAAUGUUAUAUGAUUAUAAUUUUACAACAUGAUGUAACUAAAAAAUGCAUAGCGCACCUUAGUAAUUAGAGUGAUUUUAACGCUUCAUAGUCUAAUAAAAACAUGCUAAAAUGAAAGUACCUUAUUAAAUACUAAUUAAUGUUUGUGCCUAAAAUAUCCGUCCUUUCAAUAAAUAUAUGUCCAAUCGUAAAAAAAAAUGUAAAUAGAAUAAAUACCAAAGUAUCACUAAUUAAUAGUUAAAAUGCUUUUAAAAUUUGUGUUUUUUAACUAGUGUGUUACACUCUUUGUUAACUAGAGAGUUAAAAAUAGUACUAAUAAAAAAAAAUAACCACAGCACGCUUUUAGGUAACUUAUUAUAUCACUUUGAGAGAUUUGUAAUAUUUAUUUUAGCCCAAAAUACCUUGCCGAAAUAAUCUUUACUCCACAAUAUUUAGUAAUUAGACUAAUAGACUUAAGAACUAGAUGUAAUUUCAAAAUUCAUUGUAAUUUAGUGAUAGCUACUGCAUUUUUGGAAUGUAGACCAAGUAUAGAUUUACAAAUGUAAUGUUUUAUUUAAAGUUUUAAUAAAGGCGAUCUUAAUGA